AUGAAUCGGAUGAGAGUCAUUUUAUACUUUUUUAUCAUUCCAAUACUGGGUACGUAUGCUUCAAUACGAAAUGGCGAAGUUACAGCAGCGGAUGACCAAUGCACAGAAAUUGGAAGGGACAUCCUUAAUGCGCAAAAUGGUUCUGCCGUUGAUGCUGCUAUUGCAACUAUGCUGUGUCUUGGCGUAAAAAUGCCUCAUGCCAUGGGCAUAGGAGGAGGCUUCCAAAUGGUUAUAUAUGACCAUGGCACCAAGAAGGCAGAACACAUCAACGCAAGGGAAAUGUCCCCAAAGUCCACAAAUAUAGAUUAUUUCAAAAGUGAGGAAUUCAAAUCAGCAUAUAAACCUCAUCAACAAAGAUAUAAGAAAUGGGGCCCUCUCUCUAUAGCCAUACCCGGCGAACUAUCUGGCUACUGGAGUGCCCAUCAAAGACAUGGGAAACUGCCAUGGGCUGACCUUUUUCAACCAACAAUAAAACUAGCCCGAUUAGGUGCUCCGAUGUCUAGGUUCACAUAUGCAGCGCUGAGUCAUUGGGAUAACUUCGAACAUUUCCUAUACCCUAUAAUGCAAGAUCAACCAUUGUGCAAAAGUUCACUAAGUGAAUUGCUAUGUGAAAAUGGAUCAAUUAAAAAGGUGGGAGAAAUAGUCAAAAUGCCGAAACUAGCCAAGACAUUGGAAAUUAUAGCCGAAGAAGGGAUACAGGCAUUUUAUAAUGGCUCCUUAACAGAUGAGCUUUUAAGUGAACUCAACUCACAGGAAUUUCCCGAGGGAAGUUCUAAAUAUUUCCCAUAUCCAUAUUUCAAACGAGAGGACUUCACAAAUUACACAGUUGCUGUUGGAGAACCAUUCACAACAGGAUUGAGUCACCUAACCAUGUACUCUCCUUCGAUCCCAGGUGGUGGACCAGUUCUAGGCUUCAUGUUGGAACUUAUACAAGGAUUCAAACCUAAUGUAUCUAAAGGAGCUUCUAUGGAUAACAUAAGUGAAGUAAAGUUUAUGCACAGAGUGGUUGAAGUGAUGAAGUUUGGGGCUGCACAUCGAAUCAUGAUGGGAGAUGCUGAUAUACAAGCGAUUCUACAACAAAUGAAAAAUGAUGAUUACCUUGAGGAUAUAAGAAGAAAAAUUACCGGGACAGCACAUCCAAGUGAGACCUACUAUGCAAAGAAAAGAGCUCAGUUAGAUAGUGGUACCUUGCAUAUAUCCGUGAUGGCCCCAAAUGGAGACGCUGUUGCAGUAACAUCUUCCAUCAACACUCCAUUUGGAUCAUACCAUCAUUCGAAAUCAACAGGCAUCAUAUUCAACAACCAGAUGAAUGACUUCACAUACCCUUUGUAUAAUCAGUAUGUCGAGUAUGAGAACCAUGAAGCUAACUUGUUGGCACCUUCAAAGAGGCCACAAUCCUCACAAUCACCAACAAUAUUUGUAGAUGACAAUGGGGAGGUCCGCUACGUCAUAGGUGGUGCUGGAGGAAAGCAGAUUACUCCUGCACUACUACAGGUUAUAAUGAGGGUUUUGUGGCUUGGUGAAGAUAUUCAUACAGCGAUAGACAAACCUAGAGUCACACAACAUUUAUUUCCAGAGUUUGCCUUAGGAUAUGAGAGAACAUUCGAUAAAAAAAUUAUACGCCUACUCCAUCUAUUCCGCCAUAAAUCAUAUUUAUUUAUGGGUCUUCCUUGUAUAGGAAGGAUUGAGAUUAUCAAACAACACUCAAAUGGAACAAUCGAGGGAUACUCUGACAGAAGAAAAUUUGUCACUUGA